AUGCAACAAGCAAGAUCCUACAUGGGGCGACGGCGACGACGGCGAGCGAUCCGCCAUGUCUCGGUUGAGUCGGAGGUCGACGCAUCGGCGGCAGACACGGCCACGGCCACGGCCAGGGCCUCGGCGGCGGUGCUCACCGCGCCGCUGUCGCUGGAAGGGGGCCUCGCGGCGGAGCUCCAGCCGGCGAACCUCGUGCAGCGGGUGCUCAGCCUCUUCGGGAACGUCAGGCCGGGGGCCGAUCUCUCGCACUUCCAGCUGCCUGCUACGUUCAACCUGCCAAAAUCGCAGCUCCAGUUGUACGGGGAAAUAGUCUACUGCGACGGAGAUGACUACCUGAGCAGAUGCGGCAAAGGCAAGGACAGCCUCGAGCGCUUCACGGCGGUCGUCGCAUGGAGCAUCUCGACGACGAGGCCGCCCAUCUUCGGUUUCGCGCCCUACAACCCGGUCCUCGGAGAGACGCACCAUGUCUCCAGAGGGUCACUCCAUGUCCUUCUUGAGCAGGUGUCUCAUAACCCCCCAGUCUCGGCGCUUCACGCUACCGAUGACGGCGGAAACGUCGAGCUUGUCUGGAGCCAACACCCAGUGCCGAAAUUUAAUGGUGCUAGCAUAGAGGCAACGGUGCACGGCAAGAGGCAAGUCAGGCUUCCAAAGUUCAACGAGACAUACGAGAUGGACUGUCCAAACCUGCUCAUCAGGCUGCUUCCUGGGCCCUCCGUCGAGUGGUCCGGCACCGUCAGGAUCGUCUGCAAGGACUCUGGGCUCGAGGCAGAAUUGAGCUACCACAGAAGCAACUCCUUCAUGGGAAUGGGAGGUGACGGGAGGUGCGUUAAGGGCAAGGUGUUCCAUUCAUCGAGCCCGCAGGACACCGUCUUCGAGAUCGAUGGCUACUGGGAUAGGACUGUUUCGCUCAAGGAUGUUGAGAGUGGGGAGGUCUUGGUUCUCUAUGACGCGAACCUCUCCAUCGCUAACCUCGUCACACCGGAGGUUAAAGAAGAAGAGGGCUUGUCAUCUACCGAGUCGGCGGUCGUCUGGAGCGAAGUCAGCGAGGCUAUCCUGGCAAAGGACUGGGAGAAGGCUAGCGAGGCGAAGCGGAACGUCGAGGGCAGGGCUAGGAGCCUUGAAAAGGAGAGGAAUGAGAAGGGAGAGGUGUGGAUGCCCAAGCACUUCUCAUUGUCCCAGGACAAGGAUGGGAACUGGGACUGCUGUCCAUUAGAGAAAUCAGUGCGUCCAGCUCCUAUCGUUGUACCUUCUCCUUCUUCAUGA